UUAUUUUGUUGUUUGUUGCUGUUUGACAGCCACUUGACAGCUGAUUGUCUGCAAGUGUGCGAGCGAGUCUUGCUUCUUGUAGAGUUCUACAAAGAAAGUUAUUACAAAACUUUACGUGCAAGUGUUUUAGUUUCUUAGCAAAAGAGAUAAUGGAAAAGCCGACAGUUACUGUGACUGACCAGCCACCACCGUAUUCUGCCACGGUGCCAGGCGCGCCCCCGCAGCCGCAGCCGCAGGCGGGCGGCGCGCCGUACCCGCAGCCGCAGGCGGGCGGCGCGCCGUACCCGCAGCCGCAGGCGGGCGGCGCGCCGUACCCGCCGCCGCCGCCGCCGCCGCCCGGCUACACGCCGUACGGCGCCGCGCCGCCCAACACCACCUACUUGCCCAACUACGGCGCCACCACCGUCAUCAUCCCGCCACAGAUAAUCGCCGUGAACGCAUGCCCGGCUUGCCGCGUGGGCAUCCUGGAGGACGACUUCACGUGCCUCGGCAUCCUGUGCGCUAUCUUCUUCUUCCCCCUCGGGAUAUUGUGCUGUCUCGCUCUCAAGAACCGACGGUGCUCGAAUUGCGGGGCUAUGUUCGGGUAAUUCUGUGGUAGACAAGAUACACAAUAAUUAAUUGACGUCAAUCGAAAAGUAACUUGUAUCGGGUUGCGAACAAAAACUUAUGUGAUCAUUUUUAUACAUUAUUUUAAACUCGCGGAGUAGAGUCUAAGUUACAUAGUAGACGCGUAUCGCACGCGCGUUUUUAAACAAAAUGUAUGGAAAAUGAAAAGGAACUUAUAGCUGGUUCGCGUUAAAAAUGCAGUAAAAUCAUAAUUUUCCGCUGGCGUAGCCACGCUAGUAACCAAUCAAACGUUCUUAAUCAGAAAGUCAAGUUUACAGUAACCAGUUGAAGGCAUAUUUUCUAAUUAGGAAUGAUUUGAUUGGUUACGAGCAUCGCUAGGCCGGCGGACAAUGAUGAUUUGACUGCAUUCAUAAAGCGAACGAACUAUAGAGGUUUUUUUUACAUUGUAAGUAUUUGGCUGGGACUCAAGGGGUUAAGUUUCUUUUGGCGUUUGCUAUAAACGAUCCUCACUGGACUAAAACUGUCCAUAGAUCAACGUAAGGGCGUUGUGGUGACAGGUUCCAAGUGACAGGUUCAGAUUGUGGUUUAUCUUCCUUACUUACCCAUCUGCUAUCUUCCCAUUUAUUAAUUCACUUAAUAAACAUAUUCAAACGGAAACAACAUUAAAAAUACAGCCAAAAAAAUAUGAUGAGCAGGGUUCUCGUUAAUAAAUUUGAUUCUCGAAGAAAUUGUUUUAAAUUUGUAAAGUGGAAUUUAGAAACUCACCUGUCAUUUGGAAUCAUUACACUGCAACGCCAUCUGCGUUCAGUUUUGCGCAAUUUACCUCAUUUUAUGUGAGUCAGGAUAAAAGGACACUCUUUUAUAAGC